UCGUUUAUGCUUUUAAAAUUAAUAUAUUUUUAUUAUUAAAUAAAAUGGAAAAUUUAAUUCUAAAUACUGGGGAGUCUAAACCUGAUAUAGAGUCAGGGAAAACGUUAUGCCGCUGUUGUUUAUCGACAGAUAGACGUAUGUGGAAUUCGACGCUUUUCGAAGUGUAUUUUCAAGACUUAGCUGGGAUUAGCGUAUCACAAUCUGAUGGUCUACCACAAUGGGUCUGUUACGAGUGUACCAUAUUACUGUACAAGGCCGUCCGAUUCAAACACAAAUUACUGCGGGCCCAUAACCUGCUGUAUGAGUAUCUGACCAGAUGUGCACCGUUUCCUAUCGAUGCUCAAGAUCCGGAGCUAGUGAAGUAUGCGAGUCCUAACUUGAGUGCAACCACCACACUCUCCUUUGAUGUUAGCGGAAAAACAAAAUUGGGGUUCCAGAAAACCUUACAGCACGAGAAACAAAUCAAGAAGACCGAGCUGGACCUGUUGGAGUUACCGAUCCUGGCGGUGAACAAAGCUGAUGAUGACCAUCAAUACGAGGAUAAGUUCUCCGAUUUCGAAGACAACAUCACCUUGGAGCAGUACAGAACGAGUACAAACAAAGUGGAUAAUGAAUUAACUGAAAUAUUAGAAAUGCCUGAGAACGUAGACGUUGAAGUGAAGAAGAAAAAGAAAUUGAAGAAGAAGGAGAAAACGAAGAAAAAGAAAACAAGUGAUGCAGAUGUAAAUGAUCCUACCACAGAGGCCAUAGAGAAACCAUCGAUAAGGAAGCAACUGGAUUUAGACCCGACCAAAAUAAGACUGGUCAUACUGAAUCCACAGGAACAAAUCAAACAGAGAGAGGAGGAAAGCAAAGCGUCCCUGAAGUUUCCUUUUCAGUGCCACCUGUGCUUUAAGGGCUUUAAUUUUGAUUCCAAGUUGCGAAAUCACAUGACCAAGCACAGCCCGUCCCGCGGGACGUUUGAAUGCAAGCUGUGUCACAUGUACCUGCCUACGUCAUACAGCUACAGUGUUCAUAAUCUGAUACACACGAGACGCUAUGAAUGCAUGAAGUGCUUCCGACGGAUGACCGAUAAAGCGUCUAUUGUGGAUCACUACCGAACUCAACAUGAACAACUUAUAAUAAUUUCCUAUUAUGAAUUCGAUGUCUGUUUGUCAUGUUGCAGUAACUGCAAAACGCAUAGAGGUCAUAUGCGUAAUCACCACAGCGGGGACCGGCCUAAGUGUGACCAGUGUGGGAAGACCUUCGUCAACAAUGACUCACUGGCAGAGCACUUACAAAUCCAUCAAGGCAUCAAGAAUUAUGAGUGUUCGAUAUGCAACAAGCGGUUCCGAACCCGCACUCAGAUAAAGCACCACCAACUGAGACACAGCGACGUCAAAGAAUAUUACUGCGUGGAAUGUGACACCAGAUUCAAAUCGGCACACAAUCUGCGGCAGCAUCUGUUAAAGAGUUUAAAACACAAAGACAAACAGAGUCUCAAGUACCCGUGCGGGCGGGCGGGGUGUCCGCGUCGGUUCGCGUGCGCGCGCGCGGCCGAGCAGCACGCGCGCGUGCAGCACGACGGCGCGCGGCCGCACGCGUGCGCGCGGUGCGGCGCCGCGCUCGCCUCCCGCGCCUCCCUACACAAGCACGAGCGAGCCGUGCACCGCGGGCUGCGGCCGCCGCCCAGGCACGUCUGCCACACCUGCGGCCGGGCCUUCAGGGGGAAGAGUGUUCUGGUGAACCAUGUCAGGACCCACACAGUCAAGCCAGAAGCACCUAAAGAUAUCGCUACAGAGCCUCGCGAUCCCAAAAUUGAUUUAUACACAAAAGAGGACCAACCCAUCGAGUUUGAGAACUGGAACCGGCCGCAGAUGGGUGCCUGCGAUGUCUACUUCCAGGUCACAGCUGGACAUUAA